AGUACAUUAGUCAAUUAAUAACAGAAAGAUAUCUCAAUGAAUAUUCUUACAAUUCUCUUUUUUGGAUUUUUUAGUCUUACCAGCUUCUGCAAUGGACUUUGCAUAGAGAGAGAGAGGCAAGCACUCUUGAAGUUGAAGCAGAGUUUGGUAGAUCCUGCACACCGUCUUGCCUCUUGGUCUGCUGAUAAUGGAGAUUGUUGCAGAUGGAAAGGAAUUGUCUGCCAUAAUUUGACCAGCCAUGUCCUCCAACUCCACCUCAGUGCUCCCACUUAUACUGAGGACUUAUAUGAUCUUGGUGAUGCUUAUCAAGAGAUUAAUGUGACAUCACAACUUAGGGGUCAAAUGUCGAAUGCCAUUGGAGACAUGAACUUUGUUGUUAACUUGGACUUCUCGGAAAAUAGUGAUCUUAAAGGCAAAAUCCCAAUGUCAAUGGGAAAUCUUUGCAGCUUAAGGUCAAUUUCAUUCUCUGGUGUCAACUUGAGUCAAGAGAUAUCUGAUGUCUUAGAAGUGUUUUCCGGGUGUGUUUCAAAUGCAUUACAGUCAUUGGAUUUAAAUGGGAACAUUCCUCCAUGGAUUGGAAUUAGCCUUACAAAGCUGAUAAUCAUGAGUCUUCGUUCAAACAAGUUUUGGGGACACAUUUCAAAGGAAUUAUGUGCACUUAGUUCUCUCCAAAUCCUGGAUUUUGCUCACAACAAUCUUUCUGGAAGCAUUCCAAGGUGCAUUGGUAACUUAAGUGCCAUGGUUAUGGAUUACCAUUCUUCCAGGUACAACUUUGAGAGCUAUUUUGUUGUUAAUUACGUGGGGGGCAUCAAUUUCCUGCUUAAAACAUUUGCUGAUCAGAGAACCUAUUUUCUGGAGGAUGUAUUUGUUGUGAAGAAAGGUCAGGUCCUUGACUAUAGCAAAACCCUUUACUUGGUCAAAGUAAUGGAUUUUUCAAGCAACAAUUUAUCAGGAGAGAUCCCUUCAGAAAUAACCAUUUUAAAUGAUUUGCAAUCCCUGAAUUUGUCCCACAAUUUUUUCAGCGGAAGGAUCCCUGGAGACAUUGGCAGCAUGAGAAUGUUAGAAUCACUUGAUCUCUCAGUAAAUGAAUUGUCUGGUUCAAUUCCUCAAAGCAUGGCGAAUUUGACGUUUUUGGGUUGCCUAAACUUGUCCAAUAACCAAUUGAGCGGGAGAAUUCCUUCAAGCACCCAGUUGCAGAGCUUCAAUGCAUCUAGCUAUGGGGGCAACAAACUUUGUGGCCCUCCACUAAUGUAUAACUGCAGUGAAGUUGGUUCAAAACCUGACAGUCGAAACAGUGGUGGAAGAGGUGAAGAUCAUGGAGCGGAAAUAAAUUGGUUCUUUGUGAGCAUGGCACUUGGAUUCAUCGUCGUAUUCUGGAGUUUUUUGAGUCCUUUGGUGAUUAACAGGCGUUGGAGGUACAGAUAUUACCAAUUUCUUGAUGAUAUGUGGUGGAAAAUCAGUGAUUUUGCAUGCAGAUGUUUCUAAAAGCUUUAUGCAUCCCUUUUGAGUUUUGAGCGUAUUGUUUUCAUGAUUUUAUGUUAAUUAGAAAUUUUAAGGUUAAAUGCUAAAUUUGGGCCCUCAACUUUAAGAAAUACACAUUUUUGAU